CCGGAUGAUCCACUUCCUCGAGCACGAUGAGGUGGGAGAGGGAGAGAGAAACAAGAGCUCCCAUCAUGGUAGGACAGAGAGGGUCUAUGACACGCACCUGCUUAUUUGUGUGGUUUUGGUCUCAUAUCAUGGUGUGUAUGAUAUGGUAUCAUAGCUUUGGUGAGCAUGGUGCCCCAAGUAACCCCCCACCCCCGUACCUACAACUGCUCAUCCCAUUUCUCACGAUCCUUCUUCUCUUCUACCCUCCCCUGACUUCCUCCUCGUUACGUCCGCUCUUCUCUUUAGUCUCCCACUUUCACCACUAUCACCACCAAGCACUUGUUCUGCUCCAUCCCCGCCACUACUUCCAUCUUCCACUCUCACCUCACUAUAUACGAGGGUCUUCAGCUGGGACAGGGGCAAUUCAUGGCUCUUCACCAGACUCGCAUGCUUCUACUCACUCGUGCAGUACCCCUUGCAAGACCACUGAAAAUAAUUAGAUCCGCCUCCACCAUUUCAACACCGAGUUCCAAUGUUGGUAUCACGCCUUCAUCACCACAACAGGAAGCUUCCGAGCUCUCUGUGAGAUCCUUCGUGGCCCCUCCUCCAAUCGCAGCAAGCGACCACCCGUUGGCUCGUCUAUCGACCGCUAGUUUGCUUCGUGCAAUGCUUCUUCACUCCUUCACAGCUUCUCCUUUUCUGUGCAAACUUGGGACCAAAUUUAUUAUGAUGAAUCUCGACAGCUUGAAGGGCGGUUUGAUGAAAUGGGGAGUCGACAAGACUUUCUACACUCAAUUCUGUGCUGGAUCCACCUCUGCCGAGAUAACUGCUACCAUCUCUGAGCUUCGUUCCCUUGGACUCGCAGGUGUUAUUCUUGCAUACUCCCGCGAAGCCGAAAUUACCGAUACUGCUGCGUCUUCGGAGAGCCAAUCGCAACAGAUCAAGCAGUGGUUAGAUGGGUCGUUGAAGACAAUUGCAUGUGUUGAACCGGGUGAUUAUGUUGCCAUUAAGUACUCUGGUGCUGGGCUCUCCUCACUUCCACUACUCAGUCAGCAUAAGCCUUGCUUUGAAUUUCCCGAGCUCGGAGAUGCGCUUCUGAAGAUCUGCAAUUCUGCAAAGGCCAAGGGCGUGCGAAUCCUUAUCGAUGCUGAGCAAGCUAGCGUCCAGGAUGGUGUGCACGAUUGGACUUUGAACCUCAUGCAUCGGUACAAUACCGAUGGCAAGGCUGUGGUUUACAACACUUAUCAGAUGUAUCUUAAGGCUUCGCCCGAAAUCCUCUCAGGCAUAUCAAGAUAGCUCACAAGGAUAGCUUUACACUUGGAGUGAAACUCGUCCGCGGAGCUUACCUGCAUACCGAUCCUCGUCACCUAAUCCACGACACCAAAGAAGGCACGGACCAUGCGUAUGACGACACC